AGAGAGAGAGAGACUGCACAGUAUAGUAAUACUAAAUAAUACACCUCCUUUAGACUUGACUGAAGAUACAGGCACAACCCUAGUAAGAGAAGAAGGAGAAGGAGAAGGAGAACGAGACGGGAAGGGAAUAAUUUUUCUCCUGGAAAACAUUCCCGCGUAGCGUUCACCAGUUGACCCGAGGAGCACACUUUACUUGCACUCGGGUGUGAACGCAAGAAGUUGCCUUCGACAACACUCGAGCAGGUCGUACGGACGCGCACCGAGCGGAAUUGGUCAGCUGGGAGCUUCUCUAAUCGGCGCCAGAUAAUUUAAGGAGAAGGGAGGAUUCGAUCCGAAUGGAAGGCGAAAGAGGCUCGUCGUCCUCCUCGGUUCCGAACUACGACCUUCAAGUCACCUUCUCCGGCGCCAGUCAUGGCAUUCAUGAGAUCGGGUUCGUCCCGUUCGAAGACCAGAACCAGGUGCUCGGGUUCUUGACGCCGGCGCCUCCUCUCAUGGCCGCCGGCGAGGGCGCCACGGCCGCCGCAACCACCACCACUAGCAGGGUUGGGCUGGGCCACCACAACGGCCUCGUCGCCAGAUCGUCAUGGAAUAAUGACCAGGUUGGCGCACACGAUCCAAAGGCUGUCAGCGACGAGAAUUGCAGCGCGAAUCCUAGUGAAGGCAACAAUUCGUGGUGGCGGAGCUCCACGGCGGCGGCGGAGAAAGGGAAGAUGAAGGUGAGAAGGAAGCUGAGGGAGCCCAGGUUCUGCUUCCAGACGAGGAGCGAGGUGGAUGUGUUGGACGAUGGCUACAAAUGGAGGAAGUACGGCCAGAAAGUGGUCAAGAACAGCCUCCACCCCAGAAGUUAUUACCGUUGCACUCACAGUAAUUGCCGAGUGAAGAAGAGGGUCGAGCGGUUGUCGGAAGAUUGUCGGAUGGUGAUAACGACCUACGAGGGCAGACAUAACCAUUCCCCGUGCGAUGACUCGAAUUCAUCCGAACAUGAAGGGUUCAACUCGUUCUAGUAUUGCCCCAAGACAGAACCCAAAAAGCAUUGUCCUGGUGAAUUUGGAGGACGUUAGCGUGUGAUGAUGUUCUGUACUAUCGUUGCAAACUGACUCCGACUUCCCUGGUCGUGUAAUCUAUGUCUAGGAGCAUAGUUACGUUGUUGUACUUGAACUUAUUUGCGGCUUCUUGUGUAUAUCGUGGCCGCUACAUUAAUUUCCUCUUGUGCAAUGUGACUUGUCUUCCGUUGUUUGUGAAUGCACUCGCCUUAGGAGAUUAAGUUGAGGAUGUACGAAAACACAGUUCUUUUUAUCUGGUUUAACUGUUCGUAACCAGAUCUCUA